GCAUCUGCGAUUUUUCAAUCAGCGCUCUUUGCGUACGUUUAGUGUUUCUCGCGCAUUGUCUUUACUAAAACGAUUUGUAUUAGAUUGGUACAAUGACUUUGUUUUUUUCAAAGGCGAUCGUCUAUAGCUGGUUUUUGUGGUUCGUUCAGUGUCAGAACGUAAAUGGUAUCCGUCAGUAUCACCUGUCAGAAAUUAGCUAUACGCCACAGAGUCGUACUAUUCGAGGAGAACAAGUACCAUUAGAAUUUUAUGAAGCCAUCGAAAGAUCGGAUAAGAAAAAGAAUGAGCUGCAACAUCGACUGCACCACUUUUUGGAAAAUCUACAAAAGAAUCUUACCACGUCCACAGUAUUUAGAGACUUUAAGCCUACAGCAUCGAGCUCUGAAAACUAUGCCACUAAGAUGAGUGAACUUUCAACAUUUUUUCAUGAUGCUUCCUUCGCUGCUGGACUAUUUGCCCAUGAGAACGAAAGGUUCUACGAUGUAAUUAAAAACUCAAGCUAUGCGCUGUUGUUGAAAUUACGACAAGUCCCUGCAGCACAGCCCACACAGGUAAAGACUGUGCUAACAAACUAUUUUUCGGAAAUGGAGUUCUUUCAUAUUAUGUUUUCCGAAAUUGUGGACGAAGCACUGGAGUAUACUGUGGGAACAUUGCGUGCUGUUCAACGAAUAUUCCUCCAAUUCGCUGAUGUUCAGAGUGGCAUACUACAAGACUGGAAACUGAAGCUUGACUUUGAGUGCUGUAAAAUGUACAUGGAUUUCCUACAAUAUCAUUCUGCGCAGGUAUUUAAAUGUGCUGCAGGCCGUGAACUGAACGUUGCCUAUGACGUGUACGCUAUGACAAAGAUAAAUGCCAAAUAUAUAAUGAGGCAGCUUGAGUUCCGAAUUCAAAGACUUUUCAACUGUUUUAUAUUCAAAAAGUACGAAAUACGAUGUCAAUUUCUCCAAAACGCCGAGAGAGAUUUCGAAAGCCUCUUCAAUAAGCUCGAAGAACUAGAAAUGUAUUUGGAUAUAAAAACCAAGCAAGGUCGAGCUUCUGAUUUAAGAUUCCACCGACAAAGCUAUAUCCAGCAUGACGAUGUCACAACAAAAUCGACUGAGCCUCUCAGUGACUGCCUACCACCAAAUUUUCCCUUCAGUCAAAUAAAAUCGGAAUUAAGAUCCUGCUUUUAUUUAUUUGGUGGAAAAUGACUCACUGGUUUUCAAAAUACAACAUUUGCCAUAAUACGUAACUUCUCUCGAUGCAUAAAUUGUGGAGAUAGUCACUCAAUCUGGAUGACUUCAUUAUCGUUAAAAUCAUUCUAAAAUAAGUUUGAGGUUUAAACUUUGCAUAAAGUGUUGUUCGAUUUCGUUUUGGUGUACAAAUUUGAAUAAAUAAAUAUUUUUCUAUUAUA